CUAGACGGUCUCAGCUUCAGGCUGAGCUCACAACAACAGGUGCAUUUCAAGUUUCUAACUAAGGGUGGAACUGCAUCCCUGUGGAGAAGAUGUUGGUGCUGAGCUGUUCUUCCAAAUUAUUGGCACUGGAGAAAAUAUUGAAGAAUCACUUUCCUGAAUCACUCAAGGUUUAUGGAGCAGUUAUGAACAUAAACCGUGGGAAUCCCUUUCAAAAGGAAGUUGUGUUGGAUUCAUGGCCAGACUUUAAAGCUAUCAUCACUCGGCGACAGAGAGAGGCUGAGGCAGAUUACCUGGACCAUUACACUAAUGCUUACGCUGUAUUCUACAAGGAUGUCAGGGCUUACCAACAGCUACUGGAAGAACAGGAUGUUAUUAACUGGGAUCAAGUUUUUCAAAUACAAGGACUACAGACUGAGCUGUAUGAUGCUUCCAGAGCUGUUGCCUGUUCAAAGCAGCUGGAUGUGAAGCUAGCUUCCUUCAAGGCUGUGCACUUUCCUCCUAUUUCAUCUCUGCCAGACUCCAGUUUCCUGUAUGUAAACCCUGCUCUGCAUUUGGGGAAGGACUUACUGCUCAUCUAA